UAUUCAAGAUGAUGGAGCUGUGGCUGUUGCUGUUUGCAUUUAUUAGAUUUGCACACGGACAUUAUGAAGUACCACAAGCAACCGUCGAGGUUUAUUCACCGAGAGGUCUAAAAGUUUCUAUUCCAGAUGAAGAAGGAGUUAAACUAUUCGCAUUCCAUGGAAAAAUCAACGAGGAAAUGAACGGCAGAGAAGCUGGCACUUUAUCAAGAGACAUUGUGAAAUCAAAAGAAGGAAGAUGGACUUUUUAUGAGCCAACAGCAAAACUCAACAUCGGCGACAAAUUAUAUUACUGGACUUAUGUCGAAUAUUUCGAUGGAGUACAUAAACUGGGUUAUCCGAAAGACAAUCAAUUUUACGAAGUAAAAGGAUUUCAGAAGACACCAGGCGAAUGCAAACCAUCACUGACGAUGGUGCAGGGUAAAACCAAAAUAUGCAGUGGUGGCUUAAUUUUCUCAGAACAUUUUCUAAAUCUGGAUCCCGCCCGAUGGAACACCGAAAUUAAAUUUGGCGGACCACCCGACUAUGAAUUUGUAAUUUAUGGAAAUUACUCUCAGACUCUCUCUAUUAAAAAUGAAAAACUACGCAUUAGACCUAUACUGACGGAGAAGGUCUACGGAAAGGGUUCCGUUUUUAACAGUUUGGACUUGAACACCCAAGCUGCGAAGUGUACUGGUACCGCUUACGCUUGUUAUAGAAAAGCAAGAGGUCAGUUUAUUGUUCCACCAGUAUUGUCUUCUCAAAUAAACACCAAAAACAAAUUCGCCUUCAAAUACGGAAAAAUUGAAGUUAGAGCUAAACUGCCCAGAGGAAAUUGGAUAUACCCAGAAAUAUUCUUGAACCCAUUAACUGAAAAAUAUGGUUCAGAAUUUUUAUCCGGUCAGAUGAGGAUAGCUUUCAACGAAGGCAAUCCGGAUUUAAUUAAAAUGAUUAGUGGCGGGGUGAUUAUGGGAGACGGCAGAAUUACUAGAACCUACGGUAUGAAAUCUAAGAAAAUUCCUAACACAUCAGAUUUUCACAACUACACCCUACUUUGGGCACCAGACAAAAUUGUCUUGUCACUUGACGGUAAAAUUUACGCCGAGAUUUAUCCACCUACUGGUGGAUUCAAAGCGGUGGAUGGUCUUUUAAGUGAACAAAACAGGUAUAUUUGGUAUGAAGGAUCUGAUUUGGCACCAUUUGAUCAAGAGAUGUAUAUUACUCUGGGGGUGGGCGUCGGGGGCCAUAAUUUUAAUGAUGAAAAGGUCAAGCCGUGGAAAAAUUUUGAUCCUUUAGCCGAAAGGAACUUCUAUAAAGACAGGAAAAAUUGGACGAAAACCUGGAAUUCGCAGAGUGCUCUGGAAAUUGAACACGUCUUGGUAUAUGCUUUAUAAAAUAAGGUUUUUAUUUGUAAUUUAACGGUUUAAUUAAGAGGUCUUAAUCUAGGUAAUUUUAUGAAGAUAAUGUUAAAGACUUAUUUUAAAAUAUUUUAUACAUAAAAAUAUAACGACAAAUUGA